UUUACCGACGCGCGUCGACUUCUGCCGCGCGUAACAGCAGAUGAAUUUCGCGAGUGCUUAUCAGUGAAAAUAAGUGAAGUUAGAAACGCUAUAAUGGGUGGACUCAAAGUGUUGUUGUUAGUGAUGUUCACAAGCUUCGUUGUGGCUGAGAGGAAGCCGACCAUAAGCGAAAAGCUGAGGGAGGAUGCCGACCUUUCGCAGUUCCUGGCGCUGCUGGAAAGGAAUGCAGUUGUGAAUACAAGUCUACAGUACCGACAGAUGACGUUGUUCGCGCCCACCAAUGAAGCCUUCCAGAGGUAUAGCGGGGAGAUGGAUGAUUCACUAGUACUUUUCCAUAUAUCAAACUUGGCGACGACGCUUGCAAACUUGGACUAUUCAAUAUCGUCGGAGCUCGACGGCAACCCCCCUCUGUGGAUAACGAGGCGGCGCGACACAAUGCACGAUGACAUUUAUGUGAACAACGCCAAAGUUGACAUCUCGAGGUCGUACCAAGCUACUAAUAGAAAUGGAAAACUACAGGUUCUACAUGUGAUAGACCAGGUGCUGCAACCGCUGCUGCCUCUCGGACAGAGCUCCGGCGGGUCUCCCGUGUACAACCCGAAUGCUUAUCAGUUUCUCGAACAUUCGGACGUAUUCAACGUCGGACCACAUCGCUUGAGGUCUUUUCGUCAAAAAGUAAACCAGCUACAAAAGAAAGAAGUUUUUAACGCUGACGGUCGACACACAUUCUUUAUUCCUGUUGACGAAGGUUUCAAGCCUACGACCAGGUCGGAUCUUAUAGACGCAAAGGUAGUGGACGGUCACGUGAUACCCCAUCAAGUCCUGUUCACUCAAGCCACGCCUGACACUAAGGAGUUCAAGAGCUUGGCUUUCAGUGACAACGUCAAAGUCAUCAUCUCCUUCACCACGAGCAUAAAUGGCAAAGAAGAAAUCACUUUUGUGAAAUCAAACACGGUUGCUGGGGACGCGAAGCACAGCCGAGGAGUGGUUCUAGCAGACAUCGUGAGAGCGAACAUACCUGUUAAAAAUGGUGUUGUCCAUCUCAUCCAGAGACCCUUGAUGGUGGUCGACACUACCAUCGUGGAUUUUCUUAAGGGAAGGAAGGGAAUUGAAAAAGAGGACGGUCCUCUGUGUAAAUUCUACGAGGUGAUCAUGGACUUGGGCGAGCACAACCAGUUUCUUAAUGAGCUAACUCUGGCGAAGGACAUCACCCUGUUUGCACCUUCCAACGAGGCGUGGAACGAAAUUAGUGUGCAAAACGUUAUCAGGAAUCAUCAAAAAUUGCAAGAAAUUUUGAAUCUGCAUUUAGUGCGGGAAAGAUUACCGUUGGAUGCAAUUAUUCACAACAACAUGAACCAGCGUCCUGGCUCAAUAUAUCAAGCACCAACAGCAUUACCGCGCAGGUAUUUGUAUUUCAACGUGAUAAACUAUCAGAACAACAUGACAUUGACCGUGGAGGGAGGCGGCGUCAAUGCAACAGUGACCCAAACCAACAUCGCCGCGACCAACGGUUUCGUUCAUAUCAUCGAUAGAGUGCUGGGCAUUCCUUAUACUACUGUAUACGAAAAGAUGAAGACGGAUCCUAUGCUAAACAUCACAUACAAUCUCGGCAAGCGACAGAUGUUCAACCUCCAGCUGAACGAGCUGGAACACCGCUACACGUACUUCGUUCCCCGCGAUCACGCUUGGCUCAAAUUCCAAAUUAAGCAUCCCUCUGCGUACAACGCUCUCUUCAGGGAGGAUUUUGGAUAUUACACCAAACAAAUCCUCGAGCGGCAUAUGAUUCGAGCAGAUCGUUCAUACACCGUUUCGGAUCUAAAACUUUUGGCCAACGAAACUCAUCCGUUUGUUCUGCCCACUUCAAGGGACCCUCUCCGAUUACGCGUCAAGGAAUCUGAUAAGAAUUACUACGUCGAGUGGAACGGUCGUUGGAUCCACGUGUUCAGACCUGACGUGGAAUGCACUAAUGGCAUUAUCCACGUAAUAGAUGAGCCUUUCGUACUUGAAAGUGACAUCAGAGCAACGGGUAGCGCGGACAAGACUCGCAUAGCAUACACUUUUAGCCUACUGUUGAUUUCUUUUAUCUUUGCUAGGAUUUUGGAAUACUAAGCGGUUUAUAUACUUAAGUUGGUCACUACACGAUCAAAUUGUUUUAUUGCUAAAAGGUGAAUUUCUAAAGCAUUGUAUGUAUCCUUUAAAUCUCAAAAUGUGCAAAGUAUUGAACUUUACUCAAAAAUACUUAACGUUAAAAAAUAAACGAAUACUAUAUUUUAUCAUUUGGGCAUUGAGUUAAUGUUAAGUUAUUAAAUCGAAUUGUAAACCUCCAUUUGAGGUCUUGUGUUAAGAAAUUAAAAAAUGUCUUGUCCAUUACAGCUAACAAAUAAUAAUAACCAUAGUAUCGUAAAAUUUUAACACUAUUUAAAUUAAGUAGGUUCUGAAAUAUACAAUACUUAAGAUGUUUAGAUAGUUACCAAUUUAGGUAUAAAUUAUAAUAAAUGUGCGACCGGGCAAGUGAAGUAGGUACCUAAUAUCACGUCACAAUAAAUAUGAAAGCAAGCAAAAUCUAACGAGCAUCUAUUCCAUGUAAACAGGGCCAUUUCCAUGUGAGAAACUAAUUUCUGUGCCUGUGGU